UCGCCUCGUGCCCUCCGCCUCACCCCACCUCGCCUGAAUCGGCGCCACACCGUGUACGUUCGCCGCGUCCGCACCACCACGAGCGCGAGCGCGAGACCGAUGGCCGUCGCCCCGUCGCCGCAAGCCACGGCGGCCGCCGCCGCCCUCUCCAGGCACAGAUCCGGCGCGGUCCCACCAGUGCCGAGGAGCGCGCGGGUGGCCGCCGCGGCGAGGAGGCCGGCGGGCUCGACGCGGGCGCGGGGCGGGCUGGUGGCCCGGGCCGCCGUUGCAGCCAAGGGUGAGGUUGCGAGCUCCGAUACGGGCGGUCAUGAGGUUUUGAUGUUUGAGGCCCUUCGUGAAGCCAUGAUAGAGGAGAUGACUUUGGAUCCAACAGUGUGCAUGAUUGGUGAAGAUGUCGGUGACUAUGGAGGUUCAUACAAGGUAUCCAAAGGCCUGUCUGAGAUGUUUGGAGACCUUCGUGUCCUUGAUACCCCUAUCGCUGAGAAUUCUUUUACCGGUAUGGGAAUCGGAGCAGCGAUGAAGGGGCUCAGGCCAGUUGUUGAAGGCAUGAACAUGGGUUUCCUUCUCCUUGCCUACAACCAAAUCUCAAACAACUGCGGUAUGCUUCCUUAUACCUCGGGCGGCCAGUUCAAAAUCCCAAUCGUGAUCCGAGGCCCUGGCGGUGUUGGUCGUCAGCUUGGUGCGGAGCACUCGCAGCGUCUCGAGUCAUACUUCCAGUCUAUCCCGGGCAUUCAAAUGGUCGCUUGCUCUACCCCUUACAAUGCGAAGGGCCUUCUGAAGGCUGCCAUAAGGAGCGAUAACCCUGUGGUGCUGUUCGAGCAUGUCCUUCUGUACAACCUGAAGGAGAAGAUCCCCGACGAGGAAUACAUCUGCUGCCUGGAGGAGGCUGAGAUGGUGCGUCCAGGCUCGCAGCUGACCAUCCUGACAUACUCCCGCAUGAGGUACCACGUGAUGCAGGCCGUCAAGACCUUGGUGAACAAGGGGUACGACCCGGAGGUGAUCGACAUCAGGUCGCUGAAGCCGUUCGACCUGCACACCAUAGGGAACUCCAUCAAGAAGACCCACCGCGUGCUGAUCGUGGAGGAGUGCAUGCGGACGGGCGGCAUCGGCGCCAGCCUGAGGUCGGCCAUCAUCGACAACUUCUGGGACGAGCUGGACGCUCGCCCCGUGUGCCUGUCAUCGCAGGACGUGCCGACCCCGUAUGCCGCGACCCUGGAGGACGCGACCGUCGUGCAGCCGGCGCAGAUCGUGGCCGCGGUGGAGGAGAUCUGUCAAUCGUAACGCUGUCAUGAGUUACGUGUUUCGGCGUUUCGGAAGCAGCGUGCGUGUUCAGUUUGUUUUUGUCGUGUAAUCAGUGUUUUUCGUCAUCCCGUGGACGUUGCAUUAUACUGUACUGGGAAGACUGAACUGUGUACCCUUAGCUGUGAUGGUCCUGGGUUUUGAUCAUCUUUCUGCUUGGUCGGUGGAGGAUGUGUGCUGCUGUUAUUCAUUUACCACCACCCUCGUAAUCUUUGUUUCACUGAUUUCACUCUGGACAUCACAUAGAAGCUAGCAGUGUUGGUGCCA